AUGGAUUUCAAAGUUACUGUAAAAGGUGAUCCACAUUUAGCGAAUGAAGCAUUUUUGAAUACAAACGAUUCAUUUGCUGCUAGCAAUGUUGCUUUUAUGGGAACAACUUCCGCUGUCAACGGUAUGAUGAAUGUCGUCGGUAGCAUGGUCAAUGCCGUAGCGGAAGUCGUCGAACACGCAUUCGUGCCAAUCGACACCAGAAACAAGAUCUGGGUCACUAUGAACCAACCAUCGUAUGUCGGUGGUGACAUGAUCAGUGGAACCGUUGAGAUGGACUGUCUCGUCCCAUUCUUUGCCAAGGGUGUCUUGGUGAAAUUCAAGGGAUUCGAGCGUGUCUGGCUGCAGGAGCACCGUCUCGAGACCGAGGGAGAAGGCUCGAACAAGCGUACCGUCCAGAAAACCAUCGAUCACAAAGAGAACAAAGAGUUCUUCCGUUCGACCAUCUGUGUCUACCCACACCAAGGAAAUGUCAAUCCCGGUCACUAUUCGUUCCCCUUCCAAUAUCAGCUGCCACCAACCCUCCCAGGAACUUUCUGUGAGGACGGCAAAGACGCUCAGGGACACUACUCUGCCAAGAUUCUCUACAAGGUGAAAGCAACUGUCGACGUUGCUCACCGUCACGACCUCAAGUUCACCACUCGUCUCAUUGUGAACGAGCGUUGCAACGAGUUGGUCAAGCCAUCGUUUGCCGAAAAUCGUAAGUCGUUCAUGUUGACCAAGGGUAAGCUCGUCGCCAAGGCCUGGCUCAACAAGAAUGCCUACUUCCCAGGAGAGACACUCGUCAAUAAGCUAAAGAUAAACAACACCUCUGUCAAACCGACACGUCGUAUCUCGUUGAAGGUUCACCAUCGUAUGGAGUUGCGCGCUCACCUCUACCACCGUACCAUCAACCACGUCGUCUACAAACAAGAAUACCCAGGUAUCAAUCCAUGUUUCUACGGUAAGCGUUACUUGCCAUUCAACAUUCCAGUCGACCUCAAACCAUCGUCCACCCUUGGUGAUCAUGCCAAAUCGUCGUACACCCUUGAGGUGGAAUUCGAUAUUCCGGGUGCCAUCGAUCUCUCUGUCAAUUUGCCACUUACUCUGUUCGCACCACAAUUCAUGUACUCUGCCAUUCCAAAUCAACCACCAGGUGCACCAUUGCCACCCGAUGUCAGCUACCGUCAUCCAUGGGAAGACGAAGACAAGGUCAAGAAUUGCCGCAAGUGCAACACCAGUUUCUCGUUGUUCAAUCGUAAGCAUCACUGUCGUCACUGCAUGAAGGUGUUCUGCGGCAAGUGCACAGAGAAGCAAACACCAAUCACCAAAUUAGCUUAUCCCAAACCAGUCAAAGUUUGUGACGACUGCUAUCCAGUCGCCAUGAACGGUGGUGUCAAGUAUCAAUCAGCCAAGGCUUUGGCUGCUGCCUAUCAAGAAUCGGUCAACCAAUAUUAUGCUCAAUACACUCAACAAUAUCCAUGGUUAGCUCAACAACAACAACCUUUACAACCAGCAGUUGCCCCACAAUAA